UGUAAUAGUAUCGAGUUGCGUUACGGUGGAACUUAUAUCUACCCACAACACAAAGUCAGAAACCCAAGCUAACAGAUCUCUCCAUCCACUCUCCAGGGACGAAGACGAUGCCUAACAGAACCAAAAUUCCUCCCCUCGCCAUUCUAUGGGGUUUACUUCUCUUUGGAACAGUCGUUUUUGUUCUGAACCGGAUUACUGAUACUGAUGUUGCUUCAGAACAAAAAGCUGUUAAAAAUCAGCACAAUCAUAAGGCAGAUGGACCAGAAGGGGAUCUAGAUGAAGUUACACACAGGGUUUAUUUUGAUGUUGAGAUUGAUGGAAAGCCCAUGGGACGCAUAAUCAUGGGCCUUUUUGGGAAGGCAGUGCCAAAGACAGCAGAAAAUUUUCGAGCUCUUUGCACAGGGGAGAAAGGAAUUGGGAAAAGUGGAAAGCCUCUCCAUUACAAAGGAAGCACAUUCCAUAGAAUCAUACCAAGCUUUAUGAUUCAAGGAGGUGACUUCACACGUGGCGACGGGCGUGGUGGGGAGUCCAUCUAUGGUGAAAAGUUUGCUGAUGAGAAUUUCAAAUUGAAACACACAGAUCCUGGAGUUCUGUCUAUGGCAAAUGCUGGACCGGAUACUAAUGGCUCUCAGUUUUUCAUCACAACAGUUAUAACUAACUGGUUGGAUGGACGACAUGUGGUGUUUGGGAAGGUGGUGUCGGGAAUGGAUGUUGUGCAUAAGAUUGAAGCGGAAGGGAAACAAAAUGGUACCCCUAAAAGCAAUGUUGUUGUGGUAGACAGUGGUGAACUACACUUGUGAUUCCUAAUGUUCUAUUUUACAUUUUUACCAGUUUUAUUCAAUUGAAAAACCUUUUGAACAUAUACCUUAAUUCGCACCUUUUAACAUGUUGAUUGUAAAAUUUGAAGAGGUUAGAUAAAAAGAUGACAAGUCAAAUUGUAGUUA